AGAUUAUCGACUUGAGAACCACAGGAUAAGUUGGAGAUUGCACUAUUGCUUUUGAAUCGUGAUCGCGGAAAAUUUCGAAAUUACAUCAGGAAAAAACAUGUCAGUCAUUUCCGUCUGUCGGUCUAUUUGACUUUAAAUCCUCGCAAUUAUACACAAAAUUAUGUUAAGCAUGCAAAUUUCAAAUCUAUGAGCCUGUUUGACUGAUCUGAUCCAUUUAAUUUUUUGUUAUAUAUGUUCGUAGUUUUUUUAUGAACUGAUGGGAAGUGCAUAGUCAACCUAUUUAAUGUAUAUGAUUUUCUUUUGUUGUUGCAGAGCUCUUCAUAGCUCCCCCGCCCGCUGCCCAAACUGAGCCGCCCCCCGCCCGCCCACCAAUCAGCACCCUCCGACUUUUCUCUUCCCAGAAAUCAUUCUCCAAUCCGUUUACAUCGUAGAAUGGUAGAAGGUGAACCGCCUAACAAACACAAGCAAGAUUGUGAUGUAAAAGACGAUCGAGUCUUGAAUGGCCGUGGAUCAAGAGAUCUCGAGCUAAACUGUCUGGAAAACCAGAAGGACAUUACCACAAUCAAAGCCCAAGGGGACAUCGACAGAAACAGUGACAAGGCUGACUUCGAGAAGGCCAUCGAAUUAACCAGAUAUGGUAAAUUUCACUACCUACUGCUAGCAAUAUGCGGCUUCGUGAGCACCUCGGAGGAGAUGGACGUCAUCUCGAUGUCGUUCAUUCUCCCAUCCGCUCAGUGCGACUUAAACUUGAACACUCAAACGAAGGGUUGGCUGAACUCCAUCAUUUUCAUCGGGAUGAUGGCAGGGGCCUACACUUGGGGCUCUGUGGCAGACUCGCUGGGCCGUAAGAAGGUUCUGAUUGUCAGUUCCUUCAUGAAUGCUCUGUGCAUUGUGGCAUCCAGCUUCAGUCAGUCCUAUGAGCUCUUCAUGCUUUUCAGAUUCUUAAACGGGGCGGCAUUAGGGGGCAGCGGGCCAGUAAUAUGGUCAUACUUCGCAGAAUUCCAACCUAAGUCCAAGAGAGGUUCAAUGCUAUCAUUCAUGGCAGCCUUCUGGACCUUAGGAAACCUGUUCGUAGCAGGUCUGGCGGGAUUAAUAAUCCCGCACGAUAUAGGCUUCAGAAGCCAAUAUUUCGUCUACAACUCAUGGAGAAUAUUUCUCUUGAUUUGUGCUCUACCAUCCUUUAUUGUGACAGCAUUACUUUGCUUUCUACCAGAAAGUCCCAAGUUCCUACUUUCGCAAGGAAGAAGUGAAGAGGCUAUUGCCAUCUUCAGGCAUAUCUACCAAAUCAACACUGGCAAUGACGCCGAAGACUAUCCUGUGAAACAUCUUAUAUAUGAAGAAGAGAUCCUGACAGUGGAAGCAAAGGCAAAGAUUGCGAAAAGAGGGAAAUAUGCUAACAUGAUUGUGAACAUCCUAGAUAAUAGCAAGCAACUUUUCGUCUCACCUAUUUUAAGAUACACUCUCAUAUCCAUCACAAUCAACUUCACUUUCCACAUUGGUUACUACGGUCUUAUGAUGUGGUUUCCCGAGUUGUUCAACAGAUUUGGUGAAUACGCACGGGAUCACAAUGGGGCAGAUGCCUCAGUCUGUCAGGUAACUGACUAUGUGGUUAACAUGGGAAGUCAAUCGAAAACUGGAGAAUGCAUUGAAAAAAUACCUGGAGAAGUUUUUAUUGACUCUUUGAUCACCGUCGCUGCAGCGCUUCCCAGCAAUAUCUUAGCUGUACUAGGAAUGGAUAGAUUGGGCAGAAAAUUCUUCUUGGUUUUCAGUACACUUUCCUCAGGACUAUGUUCAGCUUGUAUGUAUUUUGUCCAGAACAAAACUCACAAUCUGAUUGUUUCUGCAGUAUUCAGCAGUGUGAUAUCGUGUGGUAAUGCAGCGCUUGACUGCCUUAUUACAGAAAUCUUUCCCACAAAUCUAAGGGCCACAGGUAUAGCCGUGUCCAUGGUAGCAGCUCGUUUGGGAGGUAUCAUCGGUAACAUAGUUAUAGCUACUCUCCUAGAUAUGUACUGCCCAGCUCCGACCUUUAUUGUAGCUGGUCUGCUAAUAGGAGGAGGACUGCUGUGUCUAUCUCUACCGAAUACCACUCGUGAACCUUUAUCUUAAGUUUGCCAAAAAUUAUUCAUUUAUAAUGUAUCAAAUCAUUGAAAAUCAUUGAGAAAUGUGCCGUAAAAUAUUUUUGUUGUUCAUUAUAAGAAAAUGACGGAGAAGUCACAUAUUUGGUGACGUCGUUGCAAGUAACAUGAUGAAUACAAAUCAUGAUCAAAGUUAGUUUACUGUUUAUAUCAAAAUAUAGAUCGAAUUCAGGGGGAAAAAGUAUGUUGUAGUAACUUUCAGCAUUACAGCAGUACUGAUGGGUACUAAUAAUCAUUUUCUUAAAUGGACAAUACUAAAGUUCAUUAGGCUCCUCACACAUUUCAAACAACAUCGUCAUUUUUAAGUAUAUAUCUUUAUUAUAUAGGUACACCUAAUAUUUUAAGCAACGUAACUUCAAGCAUGUCUUAAGUGUGUUGUCAAAUGUCUAAUUCUCAAGUGCCAUUUCGAUAUUCAUAAAACAUUUAGAACUAUGAAAAUAACUGAAUCAGCUCAUACUCAUAAAAAGUCAAUUUUUUAACACAUUGCGCCAAACUGUACGAUUGUUAUUUAUAUACAUAUUAUACACUCGGUACUACAGGCUCCGUCGGAAAGAACGCACAUGUUUUUUAAAUGAGUAAUACAGUCAAAAUAAGUAUGGGAAAAAAUAUUUUAUUAUAUCAAAAUACUCAGAAAUACGUGCCAUUUUUUUUACUAGAACAUGAGUUACGUUCUAAAAACUAUGUCGGUUAUAUGGGGCCCUUGAGCCGAAAUGAGCCCAUUGCGUCGGUCAGCAUCCGUGCAGGAAUUUGGGUCACUUCUCUUCUUAUUUCCUCCUUCAAAUCGACGAGGCUCCGAGGCUUGCUUUGGUGAACUUUUGAUUUCAGGUAGACCCUUAAAAAAAUCACACGUUGACAGGUCCGGGGAGCGAGAGGGCCAUGGAAUAUCGCCGGAGAGGCUUGAUUCCUGCAUUUCGGCUCAAGGGCGCCAUAUGGCUGACAUAGUUUUUAGAACGUAAAUAUUGUUUUACUCCAAAAAAUGGCAUCUAUUUCUGAGUAUUUUGAUAUAAUAAAAUAUUUGUCCCUUACUUAUUUUGACUGUACUACUCAUUUAAAAAACAUGCGUUCUUUCUGACGGACCCGGUAUACGUGAACUUCUCGAUCAUUAAACAGUUUAUUGCUCAAGACAUACUUAAAGCUUGUAUCAAUGAAUACAACUAAUUUUCCUGUAAAUAUCCCAUUCAACAUUUUAUCAGUGUUUGAAUAACAUUAUACAUUAUCAUGAGCACUUACUCCUAUCACCAAGAACAGGACUAAUAUCAGAUUAAAUUAAACAAUUUGUUCAAAUUCCAUUUAAAACAAUAAGAUCCGCAAAUAUAGAAAUGUACCAUAGCAAGUUUGUUAUAAAAUGUAUCUUCUUCAAAAUAGUAUUAAUUAAUAUUGCAAGUAGUUUGUAGACUUUUUUAACUUUAUCAUGUAUCAUUUAUACUCUGUAGUAUGUAUUAUAUGAUAGUAUUAACAAAUAAACUGAAGUUUGAAUUCAUUGAA